ACAUAAAGAGUUGAUCACACAAGAUGGCUUCCACUGGAUCUGCCUUCUGGAUUAUUUUUGAUUUCUGAGAAGUUAUUUUGAAACAUCAGAAAUUGCAUUUGGAACAUAUACAUGUAGUGUCUCCCCCAUUUGAGUUGCUGUGAUUGACAGAACUGCUGUCGGUAUAUAUUCAUGCGAUUGGUAGAUCCUCAAGUCGGCUAUGUUUGUUUACACCUGUGACGAUGCGUAAGGACACACCUGUGACUUUCCACCUGUACUGUUAUGUACGAAACUCUAAUCUAUACCUACUCAGUGAUGCUUUACCAUGACUUAGCAGCAUUGAAAAACAUGUACCCAGUACUGAUGGGCUGGUGUAUCUAUUUAUAUACAGAUAUCCUUAUGUGCUAGAUCAUUAUGGGAGAAGCAGCAUCGGCAUCAGCAGGUCAAGCACAGUUUUCUCAACUUCAAGUCACAGUACAAUCAGCUAAAAUAACCGCAAGCAGUGGUCUGCUCGCCUCCAAACCUGACACAUUUGCAGAAGUAAGCGUUGACGGACAACCACCAAGAAAAACAGAUGUCUCGAAGAAAACUUCUACUCCGAAAUGGGAAGAGGACUUCACAUUAUUGGUCACUCCAUAUUCAAAGAUUGAGAUAAAGGUGUUCAGUCAGAACACUAUACGUGCACCCACACUAAUAGGAUCAAAUACCAUAGAGCUACACGCCAUCCUACUGGAGAACCAUGGCAAAUUAAGUCAUACGGGCAAGGUAUUUGAGGUUACCCAUGAGGGUAAAGGUAAAACUGGUGAUGUAAACUUAGAAUUUCAUGGGAUGGAGGUUAAUAUGACCCGAUUUCCACGCCGAAACAUCAGCAGAAACUCACAGGCACAGGCUAAUGGGCAGGUCCCAAGUAGCGGGUCUGGUAGUCACAGUAGCAGUACCCAUGGUAACAGCCGCAACCGCACCCGUAACACUCGUGGUCCUGCCCCUCCUGUACCCCCGCCCCCAAACCGUGCGCUGGGCUCCAAUCCCCAGGGGGCUGGUUCCCCCGCUGCCAGCGCUGCCAAUCCUAAUAGAAGAGCAGUUAUAGGUACAACCUCACCUCCAAGCUAUCCCUCAGGUGGUAACACCACGGCCCCCACACCAACCUCACAACAAAAUGGGGUUGUUCCCAAUGCAACCUCAGGGUCAGGGGCCGCAGGGGUUGCAUCCUCUACACCUUCAGCAGGAGGCCCUACACCAGUGGGUCCUCCGCCAGGAACGCCUCCCGUAGACCAGGAGCCAAGCAACGAACCACUUCCCCCUGGAUGGGAGAUGAGAACAGACGGACACUCGCGGCCGUAUUAUGUGGACCACAAUACACGCACCACAACAUGGGAGCGGCCUCAGGCUCUGCCGCCAGGCUGGGAGAGGAGGGUAGACCCCCGGGGCAGGGUGUACUAUGUUGAUCAUAACACUCGCACGACCACAUGGCAACGCCCAAAUAUAGACAUGGUUAACAACUACCAGCAGUGGCAAGAGUGGCGUAACAACCGCUCUAUAGCCCUGGAGCAACUGCAGAACCGUUUCCUGUUCCCCAACCCAGCACAAGUCACCCAGGAGAACGACCCCCUGGGACCACUCCCAGAAGGCUGGGAGAAGCGAGUGGAUGCUAACAGUCGAGUGUACUUUGUGAAUCAUAAAAACAGAACAACACAGUGGGAGGAUCCCCGGACACAGGGCAUCGUCCAGGAAGACCCCCUACCAGAGGGCUGGGAGAUGAGGUAUACAGCAGAAGGUGUCCGUUACUUUGUGGAUCAUAAAACAAAAUCUACUACAUUCCAGGAUCCAAGAGGAGGACCAUCCAAAGGUCCCAAGGGUGCAUUUGGAGUACCAAUACAGUACGAGAGAAGUUUCCGGUGGAAGUUGGGACAGUUCCGAUACCUCUGUUCCUCCAAUGCUCUGUCUGGACAUGUUAAAAUUACUGUGUCCAGGGACAACUUGUUUGAGGACUCUUUUGCACAGAUUAUGAGGCUACAGCCCUAUGACCUGAGGAGAAGACUUUAUAUAAUUUUCAAAGGAGAAGAAGGACUGGAUUAUGGGGGUGUGGCCAGGGAGUGGUUUUUCCAUCUAUCCCACGACGUGCUGAAUCCCAUGUACUGCUUGUUUGAGUAUGCCAGCCAUAGUAACUACAGCUUACAGAUAAACGCUGCCUCCAAUGUCAACCCCGACCACCUCGUAUACUUUAGAUUUAUCGGACGAUUCAUUGCCAUGGCCCUGUACCAUGGGAAGUUCAUCGACAGUGGCUUCACGCUGCCAUUCUAUAAGAGAAUGUUGAACAAGAAACUCCACCUGACUGAUAUUGAGACAAUAGACCCCGAGUUCUUUAACUCCCUUACCUGGAUCCAGGACAACAACAUAGAUGAAUGUGGCCUCGAGCUGUUCUUCAGCGCCGAUUUUGAGGUGUUGGGCAAGAUUGAGCAGCAUGAUCUGAAAGAGGGUGGGGCCGACAUCCGGGUCACUGAGGAAAACAAGGAGGAGUAUAUCAACCUGAUGACCAACUGGCGAUUCCAGCGAGGGGUUGAGGACCAGACUAAGGCUUUCCUGGAUGGCUUCAGCGAGGUGGUGCCUCUCCAAUGGCUCCAGUACUUUGACGAGAGGGAGCUUGAGUUGAUGCUGUGUGGUAUGCAGGAGGUGGAUGUGGAUGAUUGGGAGAGAAAUACUAUUUACAGACAUUAUCAGAGAAACUCCAAACAAGUUGUCUGGUUCUGGAAGUUUGUGAGAGAAAUAGACAAUGAGAAACGUACAAGACUGAUGCAGUUUGUCACUGGCACGUGUCGUUUGCCAGUUGGAGGGUUCGCCGAGUUGAUGGGAAGCAACGGUCCUCAGCGAUUCUGUAUAGAGAAAGUAGGCAAGGAGACCUGGCUGCCGCGCAGUCACACCUGUUUUAACCGGCUAGAUUUACCCCCGUACAGGACCUACGAACAGUUAGUGGAAAAAUUGACAAUGGCAAUCGAGGAAACAGAAGGUUUUGGACAAGAAUAAUGUUUGGUUGACAAAUAACAACUGGUGAUAAAGGAACCUGUAAUGGACAUAUUUGUACAUAAAAAUUGUAACAAAAAACUCUUUUUAUUUCUGAGUGAGAAUGAAGUAAAUGAAUCGUUCCUAUAUACCAACACUAAGUAUACCAAAACUGUACUGAAUCCUUUGUGAAGCACCUCUCUUGUACUGAGUGUCUGUAGAAUUAUCUGUGAAGGGCAGGUACUGAAAUCCAUGUGUGAGGGUGAAGGUGUUAUUGGGUCACUCUGAUCAGCAGUAGGGAAUAUUCUAUGCAGGACACACAUCAUCUAUAUUUGCUCAAAAACAGCCUCUUUCUCUUAUAUCAUUCUUCUACAGAAUCUGGAAUUUGAAUUUUGAAUUAUUUUUUGGAGAAUUUAAAUGGGAACCUUUCAACAUGGAUCAAGGUGACAACAGUGGAUCACUUACGAACAGAGGAAUAUCCCAGGCUUUCACUGAGGGAAGAAAUGUUACAUCAGAAUGGUACAUCUCAAAAUACUACCAUUUAUGGAGUUAAAGUUACCUUUAGAAGCAAAUUCAAUGAUGUUGCAGGAAUUGUGAUGGAGAAAAUGUGUCACUUGUUAAGUGAGGAGUGCUGGUUUGUAAUAAACCUACCUUGCUAUGGUAACAGAUGUUUGAGGAAGGAAAUAGUGAUAAGGCCACAUGGUGAUCAUGAUGUUACAGUGGAACUUUUUCAAAAAAUUCUAUUAUUGUGAAAAGCAAAAUAAUUUAAAAUAUCAUUUACACUUUUACAGAAAUUGAUAUUAUGCAAAAACAUUUACUUUAUAAAAAUAAAUCUUUUAACCAUUCACAUGAGUCAAAAAAUAUUGCACUGUGGGAAAAGAAUUUUGAUCACCUCUCUAACAUUAAGAUACUUGUACAAGCACCUACAAUUGUGGUAUCAAAAAUUAAAGGAACAUUUGCAUGACCAGAAAAACACAAGGAUUUCUGAUUCAGUCUGGGAUAAUGAAGUUGAUGAUGAGUGAAAUGAGAACAACUGUGAAAUAAUGAUUGAAUACUAUUUUUGUAUUGAGAUGUUGGACAAUAAGAAUUAAUGAUGUGUUAAGGUGAGGACAGUUUUGUGUAUCGUUGAUUCUGUGUUAGUAUAGCAUGCGGUAUAUUACCGUUAUACAGAAGGUUUUAUAGAGUACAGUGGGCUUUCAUGUCCAGGCACAUACACACAGGCAAAUCUGGCAAAUCCCUGUGGCGUAAGUGUCAUGUUGAUUUUUUGUUUUUCCCUACCCAUUUUCUCAAAUGUACAGUUCUGUUUUGCCUUUAUAUCUUAGUCUAUUAAGACAAAUGAAAUCUUUUAUAACUGUGUACUAUUUGCAUUUCAAAGGUUUAAUUUAAACCUGCAAAAUUAUUCCAGGAAAAAAAUCAAAUAUAUGACUCAUCAAUUUAUAAUUUAUACUGUAUGUACAAGUCCAUAAUUAAGGUCAAGAUAAUUUUGCUUUUAUCUGUAGAUCUCAAAUACAUAGAAAGUCUAAAAUCAGUUAUGCUUCUGCUUCCUAUUUCUUAUAGAAGAAGGAUAAAUAUACUUUAAAAUAGAAAACACAAUUUCACACCUGUAUAUCUAUAAUUGUAUUUGUUGAAUCCUAGACCGGAAGUUAAUACAUAUUUUAUCAGUGUCUCUAUUCAAGGAAUUACAUUUAUUGGAAACAUCUUGAUUAAAUGAAAUUCCAUCUUGUAAUGUUCACCAUUACCUCCCAUAUGUGAGGCAGAACUGUAAGUUUUGUAGUUACCUCCCUUUCAGUUUUAGCAAAUAACCUGCAAUUUAAUUCCCGUUUCUGUUUUGUAUAUUAUAACAACUGUGAUUUGUACACAGGACAAAAUAUGUUGCAAAUAUAUAUAUAUAUAUUGUUGAUUCUGUUAUUUUGUCUGAGUGAGUCGCCUUGUUUGUUUUAUUAUCAACUUUUUGAGAUUUUAUUUCAAUAUCAUGAGCAUGUUCUGUAUAUCCUGAUAAUGGAUUCAGGGGGUAUUUCUCCACAGUUUUAAUUCAUAUCUGAUCAUUUAAGAACUUUAGAACUCCAUUGACAUUAUAGACAUGUCUAGUAUAAGUCAAGAAACAUUAGUAUUGCCUGAGAAAUGUGUCUAGUUUCAUUGGGGAUGCGUCUGAUAUCACCCCCAUGUGUGUGUAAUACAGCCUGAGAGACAUAAUAUGAUGCUAGACGUGUCUAGUAGGGCCACCGAGACAUAGCUAGGUUGCUUUUGUGUAUCCCAGUUAACGUCUGCUGGAUAACUGAACUACUUGGAAGUGAAGCGGACUUAAAACCACUCAAACAAACAAACAAGUAUCCCAGUUGAAAUGAUUCAGAUGGCUCUUUGGCCAGAACUGAGCCGACCUUAUAGGCAGAGUUUUUAUGACAAAUAAGGAACAAUAAAUCAGGAAUUAUGUGAGGUCCUUUCACCUUCAUGUUCAAUUUUACAUCAUAUCCUGGAAAUAUAUGUGUGAAUUGACAUUAUUUAUGUAAAAAUACUGCAAACCAGCAAUAGUCAACCUUAUAGUUUCGGCGAGGAGCGUCUGGACCCCUUGACAGAGGUCAGCCUCAGUCCAGAUCUGUUCUUCUUGUUUUCAUUCAGGUGCAGCCAAUUGAAACAGUUGAACUGGAUACGCACAAGCAGCCCUAGUUUGACUUGACAGUAUGACCUAAUAGACAUAACUAGUAAGAACUGAAAUGUGUCGUUUUAUGAUUCAAGAAAUGUCAAGUAAGGCUUCAGAGACAUGUAGUUAAGAACUGAAAUGUGUCGACCAGGAUACAAGGAGAAUCUAGUAGGGCCAAUAAAUGUGUUACUUUUAUACAAUAUUCUUCAAUUUUAAUUACACAGAAAAUGUCAUUCUGAUGUCUCACUGAUAGUUAUUUAGCCUAGACUCAUGCAAUGUUGCCAAAUUGUUUGGAAUAAGAAUUAAUGCCUUAUUAUAAACAUUAGUACAGUGAUAAUUUUCAGUAAAAAUUGUUUUGGAGCUUGAGUUAUUUUUAUAAAGGUAAGUUCCACUGUUAUUUAACUAAGAAUUAUUUGAUUUUUUUCUCCCUUGGAUGAUAUUUGUAAAUGCCUAAUUGUAGAUGUAGGAUAAUUUUAUAUGUUGAAUCACUCAUCUGCGACAGAUAUUUUUGAAUGAAAGAAGAUGUAAUUGAUUAUCACAACGCAAAACUUUGAAAGUUUGAAAUUAAUGACUGCUUGGGAAGAUGCGAGUCUGCAUGAAUGUGUUGAUUUUGUUUUUUAAUAUGCUAAGUUAUUUUCCUUUGGUAUGGAAGAGUGUAUGUUGUACGCACUGUUAAACAGUUAGGUUGUAGCUAGAGAGGACAUCUUCUAUCACCACACCCCUCCAUCCCAGAAAAACCACACGGUGACACACUGUCACUAAAUAUAUCUGUAUAUAAGGUAUUUUAGUGAUAUCAGAAAGUGCAGGCAAACAAUUAUUUGUUCACUUCCUAUUUGUAGGCAGUAUGAAUACUUCAUAGAGAGAUGACAGCAAUCUACGCUGAAACAUUGUGUACAAGUAACAACAAACAUGCAGAACAGAUAACAACAAACAUGCAGAACAGAUACAUGUGUGGGUAAUACAAUUUAAAUACAUUAAUGCCCUAGGCUAUAUAGUAUCUGGGCCAGCUUAUAUAUUACUGACACAUUAAAUGAGAAUAAUUGUUGAAAAUUGGGAGUUAACUGAUCAGUGUUGAAUUAUUCAUUGGGUAGGUUUGUAGUAUGUUAUAUAAACAGUUAGGUAGUAGUGAUAGCAGCAGCUACAGGUUCUAAAAUAGGUACAGCUGAAACUUGAGCCAGACCACCAGGCUGUUGCCAAUUACUUUGUAUUUCUUUUGAAGAGCUUCAAAAGGAAAAUACAUAUUUCUCUCACAUUUGGUUGGACACAACUGCUGAUCAUCCAGUUGAAUAACACUAUGUAUCAGUAGGAUCGGUAAAAUCCCUGAUUUUAUGUUCCUCAUUAAGGAACAUUCAUUUGCAGAGUGGUAGUUUAUAAAAGUGAAUUCUGGACUAGAGGUUUUGAUAGAUGAUGUCCCCUUUGUUUUAAUUGUUAAUGACCUGUGCGUGAGAAUCAUAACUGAACAGCCUUUUUAUAUAUGUGUGUCAUGAAUAUUCACCUAGGGUUUUUGACAUGAAUAUUCAGUGUAUAUGUUUAGCAUGAAUGUCAUAAAUAUUCAAAGGAAAUGUGAUGAAUAUUCAGUGAAAGUGUGUGGGUGUCGAGAUUUAUUGAUCACUGUGAUGGUAACAAAUUUGUACAUACUAGAUAUGGUCUAUUCUGUCCAUGACGUCUUUGCCAGAGAUCUUGGAAGAGUGGACAUCUGGAACUGUACAUAUCCUUGCAAUAUUUAACAUAAUACUGUAACUAACACUACUAAUCCAUCGUGUGACUGUCUACAAGUCUACUCCUCAGUAGCUUUGCUUUCUCAUUUUCAUCAAGGAAUCUGGCAGAUUUUUUCUAUUUUCUUCAAUUGUGUAAACCAUAUAGAGCUUCAAUGUCAUGAUUUGUAUACAACGUUUUGCAGGAAACUUGAUUUCCUGUCAGUAUGGUCCAUUCGAUGAGUUGGGGAUCUAGCCACACAUGCAUUAAGAUUGGGUCCACUGUUAUUUUCCGGUGGAAAUCAUAAUUUUUUGUUUGGUAGAAAUAUUUAAGACUUCAUCCUUGUUUAUUAAUUGAGAGAGCAUGUGAUUCCUUCACACGAUAAAGUUGAAAAACAGUCUCUUAUGUGUAUAUGGGAUCAUCAUCAUCAUCAGAAAGACAGCUUUCAGUUACAGAUAUGCAACUGGUGAGAUUGGAAGUAUAAAAACAGGUUGCUAAUGUGAUUAUCAUAAUAUAUGAUUGGAAAUAUUUUAAAGCAUUAUAACCAGACUGAUUAUUAUCUUGCUUUAAUUUUUAGAAAACUUGUAUCAUCACUUUGCUACAGAUGUCAUAUUCAAAUACCUGUAGAUUUAUUUGAUUCUUACGUGAAAGGAAUAGGCUAGACAAUUUUGUUACCGAAAGUGAAGUCAUGGCCUUUCUCUGUAUACACAAGAGUUUAUCACAUUGAUUUGAUGGUUUUUGUUGACCCUGUAUUUAUUUUAUAUUGCUGUAAUCGUACAGUGAGGAGGACUGCACUGAAGUCUGUUUCCAAUCAACCUUUCUUAUUCAAUUCAUGCUUGAAUUUAUCUGUUAUAUACGAAGACCCCGUCGUGGAGACAUUAUCUGUCAAAUAGAAAAAAAAUGUAUACUGGUCAGUUUAUAUAAGGGUCAUUGUAGGCAGGUUUUAUCUGUCAAAU